AUGCGCCGAAAAUCGAGUAUUAUGGGUUUCAAUUUCGAGGCAAAUGCCUCUGCACAACAGCUGGCCGAUAUCCUGCCGAUCGGCGUUGCCAUCCUCAACAACGACGACCUGAUAUCCGUCAACCGUCGCUUCAGCGAGCUCGUCACAUGUUCCGGGUCCAAAUUCUUCGAGUGCUGGUCGCAGUCGAUUCAUGAUGACGACUACCGGGAUGUGGUGAAGAGGUAUAAUGAGGCGACGGCGUUCAAGCAGUCGCUGCGCAUUGAGUAUCGCACCCGCGACCCCGGCUACCGCUGGCUGGUCCUGAUGCUGGAUCCUUUGGGGGAGGCAGACAGAGUGCGCUUCAAUCUUGGAGGCGAUGGGGAUGGCGGCGUCGUUUGCACCGUGGUCGAUAUCACCGCAGAAAAGCAGGCCGAGUUGUCCCAAAGAUCUGCCGCGCGAGAGGCGCAGGACCGCAAGCAACAACAGGAGCGCUUUAUUGAUAUGAUCAGUCAUGAAAUUCGCAAUCCGCUGUCGGCGAUCUUGCAUUGUACAGAGGACAUUCUCGAAGCGAUCCGUGGAAAGGAAAAGGACAAGAUCGCACUGGCAGAGAUCGUCGAGGCUGCAGAAACCAUCGGCCUCUGCAUCGCGCACCAAAAGAAGAUUGUCAAUGACGUCCUGACGUUCUCGAAACUCGACUCGUCGAUGCUCUCCCUUUCCCCGCGCAGAGUCCAGCCCAAACGUCAUAUCACAAGUCCCCUGGCCAUGUUUCGACCUGAGCUGCGGAAGCAGGACAUUCAGUUCGAGUACAAGCUCGAUUACUCCUACGUGGAAUGCGAGAUCGACUGGGUCAUGGCCGAUUUCGAUCGCAUUAGCCAAAUCCUCAUCAAUCUCCUUGGAAACGCCAUCAAGUUCACGGCCGAGUCGACGAACGAGCGAAAAAUCCGAGUCUCGAUGGGAGCGUCGAUUGUGCGACCUUCUUCCUACCCGCCCAAUGUCGUAUUCUUCAACUCGAGCGAGAGCGCUUUGCGAAUGAACGCAACCAACACGUCCGAUUGGGGUGAAGGCGAUGUGGCGUAUAUCAUGGUCGCCGUCAAGGACACAGGUAUUGGAAUCACCGACCAAGCUCAGAAGCGGCUAUUUGAACGCUUCAAUCAAGCGACUCCGAAAACGGAGAGCAUCUACGGUGGCUCGGGCCUUGGGCUGAAUGUCAGCAGAAAGCUCUCUCACCUUCAUGGAGGAGAAAUCGGCGUGAGUUCAAAGGAAGGGCAAGGAAGUACCUUUGGCUUCUUUUUCAAAGUGUGCAAAACUCCUGAGCCCAGUCAUCACGACAGCAACAAAUACACUGGCAAUGCAAUCGACGAUUUAUGCGUUGACAUUCAAGCCCUGGGCAAUGAAGUGACGGGGGUGAACCAAACGACCGAAAACCCAGAGAUACCCGUGCGACCGAGUUUGAAUAACUUCGGAGAGUCAAAGCCAGGCUGCGCGAGUGACGAAAGAGCGGCACAUACAUCCGCAAUAGCGCAAGACGUCGCCGAGGAAAGUGCUACGAGCAAACACGUUCUGUUGGUCGAAGACAACACCAUCAACCGACGCAUCAUCUCGCGCAAGUUGAGCUUUAUGGGGUUCCAUAUCACAGAGGCAGCCAACGGUGAAGAGGCAUUGCGUGCCGUGGAACACAACACGUUUGAGUGUAUACUCAUGGACCAAGAAAUGCCCAUCAUGGAUGGCAACACGACAACCAAGGCGAUCCGCGACCUUGAAAAAGAGACUGGGUCGCAUAUCUCUAUACUCGGAGUCACGGCAAAUGUCCGAGCUGAGCAGCAAGCCGAAAUGUUGGAUGCUGGGAUGGACGAUGUCAUCCUGAAACCGUAUGGGACGAAAGAGCUUGUUGACAGGAUCCAUCACUUGAUCGCGACGAAAACACGGAAAUGA